AUGAUCGCAGGAACCAAGUGGUGCGUAGCCGGCAACGUGGCGAAAAAUUAUAGCGAUUUGGGCUGCGCCAGCGCCACCGACAUGUGCUGUCGGGACCAUGACCAUUCCGAAGAUACAAUACCAGCUUUCGGCACGGAACAUGGAAUCACAAACUACAUGAUCUACACGAUGACGAGCUGCCCCGAGGAUAAUAAGUUCUUCAGUUGCCUCCAAAGUGUGAGCAGCUUCACUUCUGUUACCGUGGGGACGAUCUUUUUCGACAUCCUGAAGACACAUUGCUUCGAGUAUGAAUAUCCUACUACUAUUAAGGUCCAUUUUACUUUGCCCUUUGGCGUUCAACUACCACCCCCUAACACAUGA